GUACCUUCUGGUCAUGUUUGGUUACAAGGUGAUAAUUUGAGUAAUUCUACUGACUCUAGAAAUUAUGGACCCGUACCUUAUGCUCUAAUUAAAGGAAGAGUAUUUGCAAGAACCCCUGUUGGAUGA